CCAGCCUGUUGCUUCUCCACUCUCCACCUGCUUGCCAAGAAAACUACGCUUAAAAGCAUCGACGCAUAGCGCCUAGCUGCUGGCCAAUGGCAAACUUCUCGCACCUCUCCCAGCACAUGGAGCACGGCCUCGCCAACGCCUCCCACGGCAUGCCGAGCUUCUUGUUCUGCCAUGGGGCAGCCGCGGCAGAUUCAGCCUCGCUGGAGACCUCAUCUGGGGUUCUUGACACCUCUCCGCGAGGCACUGCUUCUGUUGACAAGAAGAUCAGGAAGCCCAGAGAAGAUAGUGCCAGCCUGAGCUCUGCGCAAUCCAAGGACUCAAACUCAAAGGAGAGCACCAAAAGGAGAGGAGGAAAGAGAGAGAGAAGCAGCAAGGAGGUAGAUGAGGAGGAGGAGCCCAAGGGGUACAUCCAUGUCAGGGCAAGGAGAGGGCAAGCAACAGACAGCCACAGCCUUGCAGAGAGGGUGAGGAGGGAGAGAAUCAGUGAGAGGAUGAGGGUGCUGCAGGCCCUGGUCCCUGGCUGUGAUAAGGUUACUGGAAAAGCCCUCAUUUUGGAUGAGAUUAUCAAUUAUGUUCAGUCCUUGCAGAACCAGGUUGAGUUCCUUUCCAUGAGAAUUGCUUCCCUGAGCCCUGUGCUGUAUGGUUUUGGCAUAGACAGUGAUGCCUUCGGUGACCACACUCAAAAAAUGGAAGGAAUGCUCCACCAUGAGGCGCUUGCGAUGCCUGCUUCUGUCAUGAACCGAGCUCCAUCUCAAGCUAUCAUGCACACAAACACCUCCACCUCGUCUCCCUCCUACGAGGUUCAUGGCGAGGGCGGCACCGGCAUCUCUUUCCCUCAGGACAAUGGCAGCUACAUGGUGCAAACAGUAGGUGAGCCAAGGCAAGAGCUGUUCAAUCAAGUGGCGUUCAGUAACCACAUGUGCUCUUUCCAGUAGGAAGAGAGAGUGAGGAAACAAACGAGUGGAGGACUCUACGCGAUGACUACAGGAGGAAAUAAUGCUGAGAUCGACGGAGGUAGAAGCUAGCCCCAGAUGAGUUUGUGAUGUUGGACGUAAUCCAUCCCCUUGUCUGGUGGCUGUAACGGGAACCUGCAGUAGCUAGCAAUAGCAGUAGCAGUAGUAGUAGACUUGGUUACACGCUGUUAUAUUUGAAGUCUUUGUUAGUAUCACCUCAGUUAGGCAUUGUUGCUCUUGGGGGCUCUUCCCAAGGGUUGCUUGCCAUUGUACUCUGCUUGGAAAAAA